UAAAGGAAAUUCUUCUUAGAGACAAAAUAUGGGCAUAACAAUGUUUCCCAUUGUUGAAAAGUGCACAUCAGAAGAACGAGAAAAAGAAACAGUAGUAGCUGAUUUGGAUGGAACUUUACUAGGAAGUCCGAGCUCUUUCCCUUAUUUCGCAUUGGUAGCAUUCGAUGUUGGUGGGGCCUUAAGGUUACUAUUUCUUCUGUUAGCUUCACCUCUUGCUGGUUUUCUAUAUUAUUUGAUUUCAGAGUCAGCUGGAAUUCAAGUUAUUAUCUUUGCAACUUUUGUAGGGAUAAAGGUUUCCGAUAUAGAAUCAGCAGCACGUGCUGUGCUACCAAAAUUCUAUUCUGAGGAUCUUCAUCCCGAGUCUUGGAGAGUGUUCUCAUCCUGUGGGAAACGUUGUGUUUUGACAGCUACCCCUAGGAUUAUGGUGGAACCAUUUUUGAAGGACUACUUAGGGGUAGAUAUCGUUUUAGGGACUGAGAUUCAAACAUAUAAAGAUAGAGCAACUGGCUUUGUUAGAUCGCCCGGAGUUUUUGUUGGGAAAAACAAGGCUGAUGCUCUUACAAGGACUUUUGGAGAUACUCAACCUGAGAUUGGCUUGGGUGAUCGCGAUACUGAUAUUCCUUUUGUGACAUUGUGUAAGGAAGGCUACUUUGUACCAUCAAAACCAAAAGCAAAGGCUGUAACUAUAAACAACCUUCCCAAGCCUAUUAUCUUCCACGAUGGUCGCCUUGUCCAAAAGCCAACACCUUUAAUGGCUCUUUUUAUCCUUCUCUGGAUCCCCUUCGGCUUCUUCCUUUCUUGUUUGCGAGCCUGUGCAGGAUUACUCCUCCCUACACCUCUUCAAUACUACGCAUUUUGGGCCAUCGGUGUCCGUCUUAUAAUCAAAGGCAACCCACCACCCCGUAUCAACAAAUCUAAAGACCAAUCAGGCAUACUCUUUGUUAGCUGUCACAGGACUCUUUGUGACCCUGUUUUUCUCUCUAUGGCGUUAGGUCACCCUAUCCCAACAGUUACAUACUCUCUUUCACGAUUUUCUGAGAUUGUUGCACCAAUUAAAACAAUUAGACUCACUAGAGAACGAGCUCAUGAUGCAUCCAUUAUAAAGAAACUAUUAAAAGAAGGUGAUCUCACAAUUUUCCCAGAGGGGACUACUUGUCGCGAACCAUUUCUUCUUAGGUUUUCAUCAUUAUUUGCUGAGUUAACCGAUGAGAUCGUGCCCGUGGCAAUGGUGAAUAAGAUGAGCAUGUUUCAUGGAACAACAGCUAGAGGACGGAAAUGGAUGGACAUGUUUUUCUUUUUCAUGAAUCCACGUCCCACUUAUGAAAUUACAUUCUUCAAUAAAUUGUCACAUGAAUUCACUUGUAAGUCAGGGAAAUCAAGACAUGAAGUGGCUAAUUACGUACAAAAGGUUAUUGCUGAAACUCUUUCUUAUGAGUGCACUAGUUUUACGAGGAAGGACAAGUAUAUCACUCUUGCAGGAAACGAUGGAACAAUUGUGAAGAAUCCUUGAAUCAAGGCUAAAAGAGUAAUACUUUUUUAAUUAUUUUGAAAAUUGAUAAUCCUUUUCAACUAUGAUGUGAAAAGGUUACUUAAAUAUAUUAUAGAAAUAAUGACCGUUGCUUACUCUACUCUUAAUAACAAUUACAAUUCCACCUUAAAGUUAU